AUGUCUCAUCAACAGCAACACUAUUAUGAAGGUGGAGGACAUGGCACGCCCAGUGCGCAAGAUGAAGUAGAAGCCAUGUUAAACUCGUUAGUCGGACCUCAACCCCACACUUCUCGCUCAGGUGUCUAUGAUUACAAUAGUAGCAACUAUUUCAAUUAUAAUCAACAGCAGCAACAGCAGCAGUACAAUAGCAACCUUGGUCCUCCUCCACAACUUCCGCCUCGCAAUGAAAGUAGCGGCUAUUUGGGAAACAACAGCACGAUGGAAGGUUCAAACAAAUACUACUAUCAUAAUAGCCAUAGCAACAGUACUCCUGACAAUAACUAUGGUUACCCUCCUCCUUCUUCCUCCAACACCUAUCCAUCAAAUCACCCAUUGCCACCCACGCCUCUACCUCAAAGGGUGUCUUCGGUUACUGCAGAGACAACUUCAACGUAUCCUCCUAUUGACCACAAUAACAACAACAGCUACAGUACCAGUUUCAUCGACCCAACAUACCAGCAAAACAUCCCCAUGCCUGUACCUCACUAUCAACAUCAUCAGAGACACGCAUCCGGUGGCAGUAUCGAGAGUGCUCCAUAUCCUCCACUUCAAUACCAUCAGCACCAGCGCAACCCAAGCCAAGGCACGCCACCUGGAUCGCCUCCUCCACAACAUCAACAAGUAUAUCCUCCCCUCGGUUACCCUGAUGCCACUCAAGAAAUCAUCAAUAAUUCUUACAGACCUAAUUUUACCAACCACGUAUCGGAUGUAUCGUCACUCGUCUCUACUCCCUCGACAAUGGACACGCCUCCGCCUGUUUAUCCGCCAGCUAAUGUAGGUGGGUUUAGACCUAAUCCAACGACUGUGCCUCUCCAGCAACAGCAGACACUGGAACAGCCCAGUCGUAGACAGCCCUCUGCUCUGCGCAAUAAUAUGAUCAUGACGAUUGAGCGUCCUCGUUACAGCUAUUUGCCUGAUUCAAUUAAUACAGAUGGGCUUGGAAAUGAUGGGGAAAUGCCGUUUGUGCCUGUGUCACCUGAUACGGAUAGUGAUGAAGAGCAGUAUUUUACGGAACAGCACCAUGCCAAUGAGUACUCUCCUGCUACAACCACGCCCAGUGCUUCUGUCAUUCAAGAAUACCAACAAAAGCAAUCGUACCAUCAGCCUCAGCCAGAGCAGCACCAUGAGCCUCAACAGCAGCAGCAGCAGCAGCAGCAGAGCUCAGGCACGCAAUACAUUGAUCCAUCCAGCUACUACAUGUAUCCUCCUGCCAAACAGGAUUAUCAGCCUGUUGAACAACAGCCUCAAACGCCAUCGCCACCAUCCACUCAACCUGAGUUUUCCCAAGACGUUCAAGUGGUGCCUGUUGGCACUACAUCAUCAACAGCAGCAGCAGCAGCAGCAGCAGCAGCAGCAGUACCCACCCUGGAAGAGACUCCAAAAGAAGUUAUCCUCGAACCCAACUAUGGCCUUGUAUCCGUCUUAUCUGUUGCAUUCAUGCGAAAUGUCAAGGGCUUGGAAAACGUGCGAGAAUUGUGGUGUGCUAGUGAAUAUAAUGAGUCCUUCACCGGAUCUGAGGCUGUCACCAUUAUCCGCAACCUGCUCAAGGAACAAGUGCCUGACGAUUACUGCAUUUUGGUGUGCAAUGUAUUGAUGCAAAGCCAGCCUCCCUUGUUCUCUCCAACGCAGUACUCUCAGAAAUCACUGAUCUCUAAUUCGGUCAAUGCAGAAGACACGUACUUUUUGGAAGAAGACAUCACUGAACAGAAUGUGCCUGAAGGUGUGAUUUCUAGUUUGACGCCCUGUUACAGUGUAGCAUGUCGUCCUGGACUUGGUGGUUGUUAUUCCUACUCUUGUCCCAACGUGGGCAAAGACUUUAUCGUCAACAACAAGGCGCAAACUACUGUGUCUCAUGAUGCAGCGGACAAGACAACAAGCUCGUCUCCAGCUGGCGGUUGGUUGGUCUCGCAUGAAGCUUGGUCUGCUAGAAUGGACAGAGAGUUCUUGCUGACAUUGGAUAAAAGGGAAAUUGGAAGACAAGAAGUGCUCAACGAAACCAUCUAUUCUGAAGAAAAGUAUUUGGCUGAUUUGAGAAUUUUGCAAGAGGUGAUUGUCAAAGGUAUUGAGCAAUCUGGAGCCAUCGAAGCGGAUCGUGUGGGUGCGUUCAUCAACACCGUCUUCAACAAUUACCAAGAGCUGCUGCAGAUGAGUGAAGCCAUGUUCAAGGACAUGCUGGCCCGCUACCAUCAAUAUGAAAAAGAAUGUGUGCCUACGAUUGGUGAUAUCCUUGUUCAGCACAUGCAGUUCUUUGAAGAGGCUUAUGUCAAGUACAGUCCUCAAGCACUGUUGGCAAAAUACUUGGCUGAAGCAGAGAUCAAGAAGAAUCCCGAAUUUGAAAAGUUUACAAAGGAAAUUGCCAAACACGAAAGAACCAACCGUUUACCCAUUUGGCAUUAUUUGCUUAGUCCCGUCACACGUAUGCAACGCUAUCCCUUGCUGAUUGAGGCUCUGCUGAAAAAGACGCCUCAAGAUCAUCCUGACCAUGUCUUUUUGACCCGCAGUUACGAGAUUAUCAAAUCCGUGGCUCACAAGGCUGACAACACAGCAAACCACAUCAAGAAGCGUCUGGCCAUCUUGCAUAUCCGUGACAGCAUUACAUUCAAGCAAGGCGAAUACCAUGAGCUGCAGUUGAGCGAUCCCAACCGUCGCAUCUACCACAAGGGCACGUUGAAACGUCGUAGCGGCUCCUUGGACGUGGCUGAUAAGAAUGACAUUUAUGCCUUUGUGUUUGAUCACAUGUUGCUCAUGACCAAGCUUCGAAAGACGAAUACGGGCGAAGAGUAUCGUAUCUGGAAAAAGCCUAUUCCGUUGCAGAUGCUGGUGGUUCAGAACAAUGCAGCCAAUGUCAAGUACCAAAUGUCUGGCACUGCAACUUCAUAUACUAUCCCUGGUGGCCAAGUAGCGUUGAUCUUGCAUCAUUUGGGUUCUCGUGGUGGUGCCGUUUAUCCAUUCUUUUGCUCAUCUUUGGAAGAGAAACAAGUGUGGACAAAAGCCAUUGAUGAUGCCAAGGCUUCGCUGAGAAAGCGUCAAGGCGAUGCAGAUGUCUUUGAGUUGCGUCCCUUGGAUGAUGUCAAUUUUAGAAACAUUGGUUCCGGUCAAUCCAGCGGCACAACCACUCGCGUCAACUGUUCCGUGCCCUUUGUAUCCUCGAGAAACGAAAAGAAGAUUGCUAUUGGUACUGACAACGGUGUCUUUUUUAAGACGGAGGGACAAGACAAUUCUGUGCGUCGUAUUAUUCAGUGUGAAAGUGUCAUCCAACUGGCCAUCAUGGAAAAGUACCACAUCCUGAUUGUCUUGACUGAAAAGGCAUUGCGUGCUUAUCCAGUGGACGCUUUGGAUUCAAAGAGUAACACUAGAGCCAUUGAUCGUAUCGAGGUUGAAAUUGCUCAGCAUGUCAACUUUUUCCAAAUCGGUUUUUGCAAUGGUCGUGAUAUGCUUGUUUUCAAGAAAAAGAAGAACACCACCAGCGUGUUUACGGCAUUGGAGCCUUUCUGUGAUUUGCGUGAUCCCAAGAACGAAAAAUUGUUGACGCAUCGACCUUCCAUCUUUAGCAACAGGCCUGAUUAUCUGAGAUGGUUCAAAAAGUACAAGGACUUUUACAUUGGCGCUGAAGCAAGCAAUAUCCAUUUCUUGAAGGCCAAAUUGAACAUUGUGUGCGAGAGAGGUUUUGAGGUCAUAGAUCCCGAAAAUUUGACUGUAGGCCGUGAUAUCCCUGAUUCUGAAGACCCUGAAUUCUACUUUGUCACUCGCCAUCAAGAGCCCCUGAAGCCUUUGGCCAUGUACCGUAUUAACGACAAAUUUUUGCUCUGUUAUGACAAGUUUGCCUUCUAUGUCAACAACAGAAACGGCUCUCUAGUACCAAGAGCAGAUAAGAGAAAACCUGCUACUGUUUGUGAUUGGGAAGGCACACCUGCUCAUAUUGUAUAUGAACAUCCCUAUAUCAUUGCCAUUGAUCCAUACUUUAUCGAAAUAAGACAUGUAGACACAGGUGAACUGGUUCAAAUCAUCUCUGGUGAAAACAUUCGCUUGGCUUAUUACAACGGUGGCGGAGAAAGACCCAUUAUUCAUGUGUGUAUGUCUCACAGCCAAAAGCCUGAUACACAAGCACUGUUCCAUUUGGUUUUGAAUAAUCAUCGCAACUCGUCAGGAUACCCUCGACGAUAA